UGUAUAAAGCGCGGAAUUGGAGAAGGGUGGCAAACAUGGUGGGGCAUGUGAUAGAGAGUGGGCAGGUCAUGGGGUUUCCUCAACUCCCUCUCUAAAAUAGGGAUUUUGUGGGCUGUUAAGGUGUGAUAUCCUCAACAAGAAAAUGGAGACCCAACUUUUGUCUUCGGGGACGCGCCACGAGAGAUUGCCGGAAAAGUAUGAAAGGCCGGAGUCGGACAGGCCGAGGUUGUCGGAAGUGUGCUGUUUGGAGAACGUCCCAAUCAUCGACUUGGGAUGCGAGGACAGAGGCUGGAUGGUGGAACAAGUGGGGGAGGCCUGCAAGUGUUACGGGUUUUUCCAGGUGAGGAACCAUGGAGUGAGUAAGGAAUUGGUGGAGAGAACGAUAGGGGUUGGGAAUGCCUUCUUUGGGCUGCCGCUGGAGGAGAAGCUCAAACUUUACUCCGACGACCCUUCCAAGACGGUCAGGCUGUCCACAAGUUUCAACGUCCGGAAGGAGGAAUUUCACAACUGGAGGGAUUAUCUCAGACUCCAUUGCUAUCCUCUCUCCAAAUACCUGCCCCAUUGGCCCACUAACCCUCCUCUCUUCAGGGAAGUUGUGAGUGAGUAUUGCGUGCAAGUACGGGAACUUGGGUAUACAAUUCAGGAGCUCAUAUCGGAGAGCUUGGGCCUUCACAAGGACUACAUUAGGGAGGUGCUGGGGGAACAGGGGCAGCACAUGGCUGUCAAUUAUUACCCGCCCUGUCCCCAGCCAGAGCUCACCUACGGACUCCCUGCCCAUACCGAUCCCAACGCUCUCACGAUCCUCCUUCAAGACCAGCACGUCGCAGGCCUCCAAGUCCUCAAAGACGGUAAGUGGCUCGCUGUCAGCCCCGAGCCCGAUGCCUUUGUCGUCAACAUUGGCGACCAGUUGCAGGCAUUGAGCAAUGGGGUUUACAAGAGCGUCUGGCACCGUGCGGUUGUGAAUGUGGACAAGCCCAGGCUGUCCGUUGCUUCUUUCCUCUGCCCAUGCGACGACGCCCUCAUUAGCCCUGCACCGCCCCUCACCCGACAUGGGCCUCCCGCCAUUUACCGAGGCUUCACCUACGCAGAGUACUACAGUAAGUUUUGGAGCAGAAACUUGGAUGAACGACAUUGCUUGGAACUCUUUAAAAACCACUCCCCUCCUUAACGACUUCCUCUCUCUGGUUUUUUUACAAAUUUUAAUUACGUCCCUAAAUUUUUUAUUUUGAUUUUAAUAAACCCUUACCACCCUUGCUUCCACAUGUUACACUAAUUUGAUCAACAAAGGAUGAUUUGACACCCUCUCACAUAAUAAUAAUAAGAAGAAUAAGAAAAAAUAGUAAGGUAGAGCCAAUUUUUAAAACAAAGGCGGGUGUGCCCGAGCUUUUUUGUGAGACUAAGAAUAAUGGAUUUUGAAGAAAUUUAAACUUUUUUGUGGCCUUAUGCGUGUCAAAUCAUCCUUAUCGAUCUAAUUAGCUUGUCACAUUAAUAUUAAUAUUUGAAUAAAUAGGGUGCUAAUGGGUUGUUUGCAAAAUCAAAAUUAAAAGUUUAGAGGCGUAGUUAAAAUAUCAUAAAAGAUAGAGAGCAAGUGGGGGAAGAAAUAAAGCAUUAUAUUUAUGUAUCUUAGAAUAUUUCGAGUUUACAUGGCAACUAGAAAUCCCCUGUUU